GUAGUGUUCAUUAUUUGGUGUUCAAACAAAACAAUAAACCAAUACAUAUGUUUUAAACUCAUAAACACCAUGCAAAACAUGCAUUAACAGUUUACCCUAAACACCAUCUUCCACUACAAAAUGCCACCCAAAACCACCACCACCACCUUCAUCACCACCGUACUCCUCCUACUCACCGUCACCAGCGUAACCCCCAAAUCAACAAUCGAACCCUGCUCAACCAACAACUCAUGUACCGCCCUCCUCGGCUACACUCUCUACACCGACCUUAAACUCUCUGAACUUGCCAACCUAUUCCAAACCGACCCGAUUAACAUCCUCUCCAUUAACUCAAUCGACGUUUCCCAAUCCGACGUCGUAUCACACAUCUUACCAUCCCAACUAUUCCUCAAAAUCCCCAUAACCUGCUCUUGUGUUGAUGGCAUUCGGAAAUCUGUAUCCACACGGUACAAAACUCGACCAUCGGAUACUCUGUCGAGCAUUGCUGACGUGGUGUAUGGCGGUUUGGUGUCGGCUGAUCAGAUUAAGGAGGCGAAUGAGAUAGAUGAUCCGAAUGUGUUGGAUGUGGGGAUGAGUUUGGUGGUGCCGUUGCAAUGUGCGUGUUUUAAUGGGACGGAUAAUAAUAUGCCGGUGGUGUAUAUGGCAUAUGUGGUGAGACCGGUGGAUACGUUGGCGGGAAUUGCGGUGAGGUUUAAGACGACGGUGACGGAUGUUAUGGUGGUUAAUGGGUUGGGGGGUGGUGAUGAUGUUGAAGAUGGUGAUAUUCUUGCUAUUCCGUUAUCAGCUUGUGCCUCAAACUUCCCAAGACAUGCAUUUGACUAUGCAUUGUCUGUACCCAGUGGAGGCUAUGCCGUCAUUGCAAAUCAUUGUGUCCAAUGUAGCUGUACCCCCGGGAGCAGGUUAUAUUGCCAACCGGCUUCAAUGUCGGUUUCUUGUUCAAGCAUGCAAUGCAAAAGGAGCAAUCUCAUGCUUGGAAAUGUUACGGUUCAACAGAGUAGCGCUGGCUGCAAUGUCACGUCUUGCGAUUAUGGUGGCUUUGUUAAUGGAACAAUAAUCACUACGUUGUCGAGUUCUCUUCAACCACGAUGCCCAGGGCCACAACAGGUUCCACAACUAAUAGCACCACCAAUCGUGGUUAGCCCAGACAUGGUGUCUGCACCACCAACCCCGGCUAGCCCAGACAUGGUGCCUGCACCAGCCCCUUCACCUUUCCAGCUCAGUGGUGCACCAAUCGAUAGUCUUCCUGGCUCAGUGGUGCCAUCAACUAGCUCAAGCCUUGUAUUCCCUCCAUCUGCAAAUGGUCCUAGUGGAACUUCCUCAAGGGCAUGCACCUUGGUGAACCCAUUAUCUAGUUUCUCGCUAGCCAUGGUUCUAGUUUUGUUUCUAAAGGUGAUGUUUCCAUUCUUGUAAUAUUUCACCUUAUUUUGGUAUAAACAUGUUUGUUGUGUAUUCGACUUUGAUUUCUGCCUGGAAGAAGACGAGUUUAGACGCGGAUAGACUAUGUUCCAGUGUGAGAUUUUAGGUUAAGGUUGUUUGUAUCAACUUUUUGGAACUUUGACAUUUUAGUUAAAUGAAUGUUGAUGAUGGAUGAUGCC